UGCCAGGCUCCUUGCUUCUUAUAAAAGUCAGAUGAAACUUCCAGAGGAGCAGAGACACUGGCUCCUGAUUCAUUAAGCCUCUGGCCUCAACAUGAAGAUCCCUACCCUUCUAUGCCUCCUGCUCAUAGCUGCCACCAUUAGCCCACAGGUGUUGGCUGGACCAGAGUCAGUGUUCACCCCAAACGCCUGCUGUCAUAAUGUCGCUAAGCAGAAGAUACCCAUCAGGAGGCUGAAGAGCUACAGGAGAAUCACAAGCAGCCAGUGUCCCCGGGAAGCUGUAAUCUUCAAGACCAUACUGAAUAAGGAGUUCUGUGCUGACCCUAAGGAGAAAUGGGUUAAGGACUACAUAAACCGUUUGGAUCAGAAGGCUCGAACACAGCGUCCUUGAACCUUCAUGUAUAGGCUGAGAGUUCCAGAAAAAUCUUAUGUAUUUUCCCCUGAUGUUCCCCAUGGGCAGUGUGAUAGCUAUUUAUUAUAAUAUCUAAAAAGGGAUGCUUUUUAAUAAUUUAAAACACAAACUUGCUUAAAUAAUAUUUAAUGAUAUUUAAGUUAUA